AUGGCUAGUUCAAGCUUUAAUGAAGGAGAUGAUGCUCAAGGAAAUGAUGAUUACGAUGAUACUGAAGAUCAAACCGAUGAAUUUGUUGACAAAAAUAAAGGAUUUGAAGAAGCAGAAAAUUCUGAACUAUUAUAUUCAAAGGUGAAGAGUGACGAAGAAGCCUACACAUUAUAUAAUGAUUACGCAUUUAGGCAGGGGUUUGGAACUCGGAAGGGUAAGAGAUCUCUAAGAGCUGAUAAAACAGUCCGACAACGUUUCUUCCUUUGUUCGUAUGCUGGUUUCAAGAAUAAAGGUGGUGUUGAGCCCACAGCUUAUAAGAAAACGGAUUUUCGUACCGGUUGCAAGGCUAGUAUUCAAUUUGAUGUCGAUAAAAAAACUGGCCUCUAUAUUGUUACCAAGCACAAUAUGAUUCAUAAUCAUGGAAGAGUUCCAGUCAGCAAAAGACAUUUGAUAAGGUCACAUAGGAAAGUUACGGAAGAACAGUUGGCUAUGCUUAGCUCUUUGACAGAGAAUGGUGUCCCGGUUGCUUUUGCUGUACGGGUGUUAAAAAACCAAGCUGGUGGGGAAGCCAAUCUUGGUUUCCUUAAGAGUGAUGCUUAUGAUGCGUUAGCUGGUAAAAAAAAACGAGACUUGAUGGCUUUGACACAAAAUAGUUGUUAA